ACAACCUACCAACACCAUUCAAGCCUUGGUCUGUGUAUUUUGUCACAGGGCAACGGAGGAAAGGAAGAAAUCGCUCCGAUUUAUGUGCUGAAAUUUGCAAGAAAACCUAGCUAAACUGUUGAGAAGUACCGAUUUACAUAGAUAUAACAAGUAAGGUAACAUUUAGGUAGUAAAUAUGUCUGUACUAGCAACCCCACCUGAAAGACCAGAGGCCAAAACAGACCUCUAUCCAUCCAUGGAAAUGGAGAUGGAUUAUCAAGGUAACACUGGAAAUGAUAUGGGCAUCUCAACAGUGGGCUUCCGUAGCAAGAAAGUCACCCCUGCAGAGUGGCAUGAGGCAAAUUAUUCAAAAUACUAUCAGUCUUUUGCUGACCGGGACAAUGCAGAAAGAGUUCGCCACGAGUCGAAAAGAACACAGAAGGAAACGGAAGCCACAACAAACCAAACACAGGCUGAUGUCACAAAGAAGCUUGGUGAACGUUUACAUGACAUUAACUUCUGGAAAUUCGAGCUUGAACGUGAGAUUCAGGACGUAAUAAAUGAAACUGAUCUGCUCCUUAGCCAGAAGAAGAGGUUGGAAAAUGCUCUACGGGCAACAGAGGUUCCUCUUCAUAUUGCAACUGACAACUUGAACUGUCGAGGUGAUGGAAGGAGGCUUGGUGUUGACCUUGUGCAAGAUGAAGUGGAAUUAUCUCUGCUAAAAGAAGUUGAAAUCAUCAAUAAUGUGCAAGAUCUUCUAAGAAAAACCAUAGUCCAAGCCGAGAACCAAAUCAAGUUUAACAGGGAUGCUAAACAAAAUCUUGAAAUGGACUGGAGUGAUAAGAAGGAGGCUGACGAAAUUGAUUCAAUCUGUGGUAUACUUCGAAAUAAUAGCACCAACAAGCAAUUCUAUGCUGGAGCAGCCAAAUUUGAAGAGAUCCAAUCUACGCCAGAGUCCUGGGCCCAGUUCUCACACGACAACAUUGUUCGAGCUGAGCAUGAGCGAAUGGCUUCAAAUCAACUCCGUACAUUGAUUGACAACGUUCUAAAUGAUACGUCACGAGAUAUGACUGAGCAAUGCAAUGCUGUCGAUGUUGCUUUCAACAAGAGAGUCGAAGAGAUGCAAGAUGCUCUGGCCAAGCUUGAGGAACAUUGCAAGAAGGAAUGCGAUGAGAUUACCAGAAUGGAGAAGAAUAUUGCAGGCUUGAAACAGAGCAUCCGAGACAAGGAGGAUCCAAUGAAGGUUGCACAGACUCGUCUCUACAACCGAACCAAGAGACCUGGUGUGGAGAACUGCAGAGACCCUGCACAAUACAAACUUGUCGAAGAAGUCCACCAGAUCGCUGCCUCAGUUGAUGCUCUCCAUGAACAGCUCAACCAGUCUGAAAACUCACUCAAAGCAAUGAUGGAUACUCGCAUGGCGCUCGAGAAGGAGAUUCUCCACAAGAAGAACAGCAUCUUCAUCGACAAGGAGAAGUGUAUGACCCACCGCACCCGAUACCCAACGAUAUUGCGCCUACAGGGAUACCAGUAGGAAAAUAGUUCCUUACAAUGCCAGUGAACUUCUCAACACACAGACUUGUGUCAUGUUUUAAGUUAAUGAAUAAUACAAAACAAAUGAGGAAUAUCUGUGAUCACUGCAUUUUUAUUCUUUUACAAGUUAUUGUAUCUCCUUUUUUUUUCCUUGGAAGAUAAUGAGUAUGCCAUCUUAGAUUAAUAUUUAGGUGCCCACUGUUUUGUGUGGAACUGGAACAUGUGUAUUGGAGGAUUUUCAAAUCAGUAUUUCAAUCUUUGUUAGGGUUCAUGGUCUCAGUGAUGUCACACCCUGAAACUACUGUAAACAUGAAAAUAUUUGCUUGCCUUUUAUUAUUGUAUUUACAAAAAGCUGCAAAAAAUAAAUGGUCGUGCAUUUUCACGAAAAUUCACUGUGAAUAUUUUUGAGUCUACUGUGUCAAAACCACAGCUUUGAAGAAAAGAACCUCAAUAGACAAUGUUUGUUCUCAACUCCUUUGAUAUUUGAAGCUGGAAACCAAAUAAGAAUUACAUGCGUUGAUUCAUCAUAUAUUUUUGAUUGUAAAUUUAAUUGUCAAUAGCCUGUACAUGUAGAAUAAGCAAUAGCAAAAAGACAAUGAUGUACAUAGGAUGUAAUGAUUGGAAAGCUUUUGAAAUUUGAAUAAAGGAAGCGGAAACAGUUCCAGUAUCUUUGUGCAUGUCCCUGAUCAGUUUAGUAAACGUUUUGCUUGCCGUUACUCCGUCCAUUUUGUUUUUAGUCUAGUUUCAUACUUGGAGCGUAUUGUUGAUGGAAUUUUUUCCAUCCUACUUCAAAAUUGUUUUCAAAACACUCUGUCAUGGAUUAUUUUGAUCUCAGUGAGGCUUUAGUUAUAAGGUCAACUGAAAACAUAUUUAAAUGCACAGGGUAAGUUAAUCUUGCCUUGCCCCAGCCUUUGCUAUAUUAACACUAAUUGUUGUGAAUGUAAAUACACGUGUCGUAUACUGUGGCUUUCCUAAUAAAGUUUUCACAAAUCA